UUGAGUUAGUGUUGUUCCGGCGUAUGCAGUCAUCAAAAUGCGCAAACCUUUUCUUGUGGCGGCUGUCAUUCUCUUGAACGUAGUACCACUACUUGCUCUGCCGAAAUGGCUUGAUUGGCUGCGGCCUCCAUGGCGGAGAACCACUACUACCCCCCGACCAGUUCCUCCUACAACAAGAAACUACACGUACUGGCCGUUGGAACGCUGGCCAUGGAACAAUCGUACGAGGAUCAAGCGAAGUUGUGACGGUGGCAAUGACGAAAGACUUAUGUACUGUCUUUACCCUGCCAUGUGCAACUGCUCAAGGCCCUCAACUGGUGGCUACAUACGCCUUCCAAAAAACGAGCCUCGUUGGUUUUAUAACAAGACAAGACGAAAAUGCCAACCGGUCAUUGGUGUACCCGGAGGAUGUAAUAACUUCGACAACCGUUUAGGGUGCAGGAUGUAUUGUGAAUUACCGAGGAGGAAGCCAGUUUGGCUGCUCACAAAUAGAUGGUGGUAAAAUAUUUAUGUGGCAUCAGCAGGCCACUUUUUCGCAAUCACAAGCAUUCCUUUUGUUUCCUAAUUUCCCAGCAUUAAUUUUAGAUGAGCUUUGCACCACGUCCGCUGAUAUUCCUACCCCAUAUAUGCUUUGUUAAUCCCAUAUGCGCUUUACAAAAUAUUUGUAAGGAUAUCGUUCGCGUUGACAUUGACGACAAUGAGCAUGGACAGACGUAAUUUUGUUGUGAUAUUUUGAAAACAAUAAAGUUAAAUAAUG